UUCUUAUCCACUGAAGAAGCUGAUAGCCGCUCUCGAGCUUCUUUAAUUUUCCAUUUUCCUUUCUUUCAGAUCUCGAGAGUAAUUAUUAUUGAAGAAAAUGUCUCAUCGCAAGUUUGAGCAUCCAAGGCAUGGCUCUUUGGGAUUUCUCCCAAGGAAAAGAGCCUCACGCCACAGAGGAAAAGUGAAGGCUUUCCCAAAGGAUGAUCCUACUAAGCCAUGCAGAUUAACUGCAUUCUUGGGAUAUAAAGCUGGGAUGACCCAUAUAGUGAGGGAAGUUGAAAAGCCUGGAUCGAAACUUCACAAGAAGGAGACUUGUGAAGCAGUUACUAUCAUCGAGACGCCACCUAUGGUUGUUGUUGGAGUUGUUGGAUAUGUCAAAACUCCUCGUGGUCUCCGUACUCUGGGCACUGUGUGGGCUCAGCAUCUUAGUGAAGAGGUGAAACGAAGGUUCUAUAAGCACUGGUGCAAGUCUAAGAAGAAAGCAUUCACCAAGUACUCAAAGAAGUUUGAAACUGAAGAUGGUAAAAAAGAUAUUCAAUUGCAGCUGGAAAAAUUGAAAAAAUAUUGCACUGUUAUUCGUGUUUUGGCCCAUACUCAGAUAAGAAAAAUGAAGGGUUUGCAGCAGAAGAAGGCCCACUUAAUGGAAAUUCAAGUCAAUGGUGGAACUGUUGCCCAGAAAGUUGACUUUGCUUACAGUUUCUUUGAGAAACCUAUUCCAGUUGAGGCUGUUUUUCAGAAAGAUGAGAUGAUAGAUAUCAUUGGGGUGACCAAGGGUAAAGGCUAUGAGGGUGUGGUGACCAGAUGGGGUGUCACCCGUCUCCCACGUAAGACCCAUCGUGGUCUUCGCAAGGUUGCUUGUAUUGGUGCAUGGCAUCCGGCUAGGGUUUCUUUUACUGUUGCUAGGGCUGGGCAAAAUGGCUACCAUCACCGCACUGAGAUGAAUAAGAAAGUGUAUAAACUUGGGAAGGCUGGACACGAGUCACAUGCAGCCAUGACGGAAUAUGACGGGACUGAAAAGGAUAUUACCCCAAUGGGUGGAUUCCCCCAUUAUGGUGUGGUGAAAGAAGAUUAUUUAAUGAUCAAAGGCGGGUGUGUUGGGCCAAAGAAACGUGUCGUGACUCUGAGGCAAUCCCUCUUGCAUCAAACUUCUAGGGUUGCUCUGGAGGAGAUCAAGCUCAAGUUCAUUGAUACAUCAUCCAAGUUUGGUCAUGGUCGUUUCCAGACAACACAGGAGAAGGCCAAGUUCUAUGGGAAGCUCAAGGCUUGACUGGCAUAUUAUUAGUUAAUCUACAAGUUUAUUUAUUAUCAGUUCUUUGUUUUUCUGUUUGGUACAAUAUUAUACUUGCAUUAUGGUUGCCCAAAACUUCAAAUUUUUGCUUAUGUUGGACUCAUUUAACUACUUAAUAUUCUAGUUUAG